GCGCAGGCGCCGUGCGGGCAGGGCGCGCCCCGCCGCCGGUGGGCCGGGCCGGGCCAGGCCGGGCGGCGGCAGCGCGGCCGCCAACGCGGAGGCAGGGCGGGUGAGGCGCCGGGUAUGGCUCCGGCAGUGACGGGCGGGAUGCCGCCGGGCGCUCCCUCGCUGGGCCCGACGGUGGCAUGGCUGAGCAACCGCUCCGCUCUCGAUAAUGGGGAGUUUCACCAGGUUUUGGCAAGCUAUGGCUUACAGACAACUACUUCGACAACUAAAACUGAUGGCAAGGCUGAUCACCUGGAGUAUACUGCCUUUGCAUUGGUUCCUGUUUUCUUCAUCAUGGGUCUCUUGGGGAUUCUCAUCUGUCAUGUCCUUAAGAAAAAAGGAUAUCGUUGUACAACAGAGGCUGAAGAAGUAGAAGAAGAAAAACUUGAUGAGAAAAUAGAAAUGAAUGAAACAUUACAUGAGAAUAGCGACACUGUGGGACAAAUUGUUAACUACAUUAUGAAAAAUGAAGCAAAUGCUGAUGUGUUAAAGGCCAUGGUAGCAGAUAGCGGUGUCUUUGAACCUGAAAGCCCUUUAUCUCCUACCUCUUCUGGGAGUCCAACGAGUCCAGGGUCUCCUUUGUCACCUGGUGCUGUUCCAUUUAAACACAGCUGCAAAGGCCAUCACUUUCAUACUGUUGGAGGAGUAGUAGAAAAGGAUGUUUGUACUCGUUGUAGCCACAAACGAUGGCACCUUAUAAAGCCAGCUCACAAGCCUAAAGAGCACAGAAGAAGUCGUCUUGGAGAAGUUACAGUCCUUUCUGUGGGAAGAUUUAGAGUCACAAAAGUGGAGCACAAAUCGAAUUCUAAAGAACGGAAAAGCUUGAUGUCUGUUACUGGUGUGGAGAGUGUCAAUGGUGAUAUGCCUGCCACGCCUGUGAAACAGGAAGCCAGAGAAGCACCUGCCACGCCUGUGAAACAGGAGAUGCAAGAGAGGAGAAGCUCAGAGUAAACUGCAGGUGGAACUUUUAGAAGUUUGUCUGCUAGCACUUUGGAGAAAACUGAAAACUCCCAAGAGAUGCAUACUAUUUAAGGAAAUGUAUUUAUGGCACUGUAGCAUUUUACAAGUUCUGUGAUGGCAUCCAUGCAAGGUUGAACACUUAAUGGUUCUUUCACUAGUAAAAUCAGUAAGAUUUAGACACUCAAAUACUGUUGAGCUGUGUGGACCUCAUACCAAAUGUUAGGCUUCGUCUUGGAAAGAAAAAAUACAAGUUUUUCAACAGGAAAGGAAAAGGCCUUAUCAACUAAUGUUACUCUUUUUGCACUUAGGCAAGACUUUUUAAUGACCUCAAUAGCACAAGUAAUAUGAUUACCCAAUGGAUAAACUGUGUUCACCCCUCUGGUCUGUCUGGAUUUUUCUCCUCUGUUCUUCCCCUCCAGAAUUGACAAGUGUUUGCUGAAGAUAAAAACCAUCCUCUGGAAGGUGAAAAUAUUCUUGUAAUCAAACUACUAGUAGCCAAGCAAAACAUACAAGGAAAUAAUUGUCAGCCAAAAUCUACAUGUGUGCCUUUAGUACAUAAGCCCUCAGACUCUGUGAAGGGUACUUCAUAGUACAGAAUGGUUCAGCUAUAUGUAGACGUUAAUUUAAAUUUUUGUCCUCCCCCUCCUUACCUCCCUCUUACUACUUAACAUAGGCUGAAGAGCGUCUUUUUCUAUGCAGUUGGGUGAGGUCUUGGGAAGGUUACUUUCCUUAAGGGUGCUUGUUCUCCUGUUUUCUUGUAACUACACACUCGUAUUUGAAGAACACCUAAUAGUUUUGCCUUUCUUUUUGUUUUACCCAUAGGUUCCUUAUUAAGUUAAGGCAACUUAUUUCAGCCAUUAGAUAAGGAACGGAAUAUUUGGCAUUAAAAAUUUGUAGACUAUUUACUAAAGUACUUCAGAGUGGCUUUAUUGGACUGAGGGUAGCUGUUUUAAUUGGCACCAAAAUCUUAAGCCAAUGUGAGUUAAGCGAGUAUUUUAAGUGUGACUUGCUGCCAAAAAUGCCAGCUUUGGUUUUGUGAUGUUAAUUCUUUUUGUCUACUUACAAUCUCUGUUUUGUCCUGUUACUUGUUUUUGGGAGGGAAUACUUCGCAAUACUUCAGCAAAAUUUGCUGCAUAAUAGAAACUGAAAAAUAACAUUUUUUUCUGAGUGCCUGAGUAUAUAAGCUCUAACGUAAUGCAUUUUAGUAGAGAUUGCAGUAUAUUCUGAGAACUAUAAAGUAACUUAUUCUGCUUGAUGAACUCAGUGAAAAUCAGUGUUUGUUUUGAAAUUGAUUUUUUUUUUACAUUAAUACUUUCAAUCCUUUUAGUCCAAGUGCUCUAAAGUGUUUCUCCUUCAGGUCUGAGAAUCAGGUUUUUUCAUCAGUUUAUGUAGUGUUAACAAUCAAUGUGUACAAAGAUGGAAAUUAUUCUUCUUGCUUAUUUAUUAAAUACUCCCACCUUUUGUCAGGAAACAUCAAGUUUAUUUCACUCUUGCUGAAAGGAUGUUCUGUUGAUGGUCUUCCUUUUACUUGUAUCCAUGAGAUACUGACUGGACCUAUAAAUAAGUACUUUUCACUGAUGCUAUGUUUGCCAAAAAGAAAACCCCAAACCCACCACCCACCAAAUCUCUGAAAAGCAUAAAUGGUUUAUCAUUCCUUUAAUAAUGGAUAUUUUUAGAGAUUAUUGGCCAUCCUUGAGAACCAAAAGUAACUGUUUGGCCAGGACUGGAACUUCAGUGUUUAUCAUCCCUGCUUCCAUUAAUUUAAACCUGGCUUAAGAAAUCUCUUCCAUAUAUAACAUAAACACCAAGAUUAUCUUACAGGCAUAAAUUUAAUAUUCUUGAAUUUUUUUCUUCUUCAAUCUCCACUUGAUUAUUUGUAUGAAGUGCUAAUAUUUCUAGAAGAAUUUAAUUAGUAUUGGUUAGAGUAGUUAGCUUUCAGUUUCCAAGAAAUUGAGAGCUAUGAGUAUAAAAUGUUACUGGAAAAAGGGAGUAUUGGGCAAAACAAGCAGCUUCAAAUAAUCUUCAGAAAAGAGAUACAGUUAUAGACUGUCCCAAAAGCUUAAAAAAAAAAAGGGGGGUGGAAUGGAUUUUGAUAGUACUGUGUUUUUAUACAUGAUGAUAGGUUAGAACUGCAAGUAAAUUUGCCAAAAAGAUGGAAGAAAAUUUAAACAGAAUAAACAGAAAUAUGUAUUUUUUUACUUAAUUUAAAAGUAGUUUUUAUUUUGAUUCAAUUGGAAAUAUGUAGAAUAAAAGAAAUGAAAAUGUGUUGAAUAUGUAAAAUAUUGUUUACCUGUAUAAAAUACUUCUAAGGUAUUACAAGACCUGGUAUAUGCAAGGAUUUAAUUUGUGCAUUGUUACUUCAAUAAGAGGCUUUAGAAACUGUUGCCUGUUUCAUUGCAUUUAGCACUACACUCUGCUGUUUUGUAUGGAUAUGGAUAUUGCCAUAUUAGUCUGCCUUUCUUAAAUUUGCAUAUCAGAUGUAAUUUUAACAAAGUAGUUUAUAUACAACUUUUGUACUACCAAGCAGUAAAUAAAAAAUACUGAUUCUUAA